GUAAUGCGGUAGUAUAUUUGAUAUUUGCUCAAACGUGGAUACAAAACCCCAAACGCAUUUCUCGUCUGACUCACCCUCUCACUCACAGUACGAAGAUAAUCACAACAGAAAGUGAGAGAGAGAGAGAGAAGAAGGAGAGCUUGGUUUUGACGCUGAAAGGGAGAAAAAAAUGGUGAAUCACAUGCUAAUGAUAACAGCUGAUUUCGACAACAUCGCUAGCCUCCAGCCUCAAGGCGGUUGCGAUGAUCCUGAUUUCUCUUACUUCUUCAAGAUUAAAUGUGGAAGGUGUGGAGAGGUGAGCCAGAAAGAAACAUGUGUGACUUUGAAUGACACUGUUCCACUUCUUCAGGGAAAGGGAACUGCUCAUCUCAUUCAAAAGUGCAAGUUUUGUGGGAGGGAUGGAACUGUGACAAUGAUCCCAGGCAAAGGCAAACCACUGACCCAGGAACUGAGUGAGGGAGGAAAAUAUGCCCCAUUGAUGUUAUUUGACUUCAGAGGUUAUGAGCCAGAGGGUUUUGUAUUCAGUGGUGCAUGGACAGCUGAAUCUAUUGCAGGGACAAAAUAUGAAGACAUUGACUUGUCUGGAGAGGACUUCAACGAGUAUGAUGAGAAGGGAGAGUGCCCAGUCAUGAUAUCCAACCUCCGUUCCAAAUUUGAAGUGGUGAAGUAAAAUGGUUGUUUUUCCACAUGCACGGCCUCGGUAAAUAAGAGUAAUUGAUCUCUUGCUGAUGAGGUAGAAAAAUCAUUUGACUACGGUAAAUAUAGUAGGCCAUGAGACCGAUGUCUGGCAGUGGAUUGAUGCUCUAUUUCAAGUUUCUGAAUGAUGGUUGAUUAUCUGCCAAAUUAUCAAUGAAUCACACCAUGGUUGACUUUUGUGAAA